AUGACCUUGAGUUUCCCCCACAUUUAUGAGUUUUCUGAUUGGAUCAGUGACGUGUUCUCUAAUUCAGUUCAACAGGUUCCAACCAUCACUAAGCAGUCCCAAGUGCAAGUCGCCUUUCCUUUCGAUGAAUAUUUUCAAAUUGAGUGUGAAGCCAAAGGAAAUCCGCCACCCGAAAUGAUCUUCAUACCAGGUGUUCCCAAAUUUCCCAAAGAAAAAAUUGAGCCUCUGGAGGUGGAGGAAGGAGAUCCUAUCGUCCUCCAGUGUACUCCUCCUAAAGGUCUCCCGCCCCUACACAUUUAUUGGAUGAAUAUAGAAUUAGAACACAUCGAACAAGAUGAGAGAGUAUACAUGAGCCAAAAGGGAGAUCUGUACUUUGCAAACGUGGAAGAAAAAGACAGUCGGAACGAUUAUUGUUGCUUUGCCGCGUUCCCAAGACUAAGGACUAUCGUACAAAAGAUGCCAAUGAAGCUCACAGUGAACAGUUUAAAGCAUGCUAAUGAUUCAAGUUCAUCCACAGAAAUUAGUUCCAAGGCCAAUUCCAUCAAGCAGAGGAAGCCUAGGCUGCUACUGCCUCCCCCGGAGAGUGGUGGCGAGUCUUCAGUGUCUGUCCUCAGAGGGGACACCCUGCUGCUGGAGUGUUUCGCUGAGGGCCUACCNACUCCACAGGUGGAAUGGACGAAAUUGGCUGGCGAUUUACCAAAGGGAAGAGAAACAAAAGAAAAUUAUGGCAAGACCCUGAAGAUCGAGAACGUCUCCUACCAGGACAAAGGGAGUUACCGCUGCACGGCCAGCAAUGACCUGGGAACAGCCAGCCACAAUUUUCGGGUCAUCGUCGAAGAACCUCCACACUGGACCAAGAAGCCCGAGAGUCGCGUGUACAGCACGGGGGACAGCGGCAUCUUGCUCUGUGAGGCGGCGGGAGAGCCGCAGCCCACCAUCAAGUGGAGAGUCAACGGCUCCCCAGUGGACAACCAUCCAUUCGCUGGUGAUGUGGUCUUCCCCAGGGAAAUCAGUUUCACAAACCUGCAGCCCAAUCACACUGCCGUGUACCAGUGCGAAGCCUCCAACGUCCACGGCACCAUCCUGGCCAAUGCCAACAUCGAUGUUGUAGAUGUUGUUCCAUUGAUCCAAACCAAAGAUGAAGAAAAUUACGCGACGGUGGUUGGCUACAGUGCUUUCUUACACUGCGAGUUCUUCGCUUCACCGGAGGCAAUCGUCACCUGGGAGAUGGCAGAUGAAGCGCAGCCUCUCCAGGGCAGGCGGUACCACAUCCACAGGAACGGCACGUUGCAGAUCAACAGAACCACCGAAGAAGAUGCGGGGUCCUACUCUUGUUGGGUAGAAAACUCUUUAGGAAAAACCGCAGUCACAGCCAACUUGGAUAUUCGAAAUGCUACAAAACUCCGAGUUUCUCCUAAGAAUCCCCGUGUCCCCCGAUCGCACGUGCUCGAGUUACACUGCGAGAGCGUAUGCGACUCACACUUGAAGCACAGCUUGAGGCUGUCCUGGAGCAAAGAUGGGGAAGCCUUCGAGUUUAACGGCACAGAAGAUGGAAGGAUAAUUAUUGACGGAGCCAAUCUGACCAUUUCUAAUGUCACUUUGGAGGACCAAGGCAUUUACUCCUGUUGGGCUCAAACUGCUCUGGAUAGCGUGACCGAGAUGACGCAAGUCACUGUCCUCGAUGCUCCGGAUCCCCCAGAAAACCUCCACUUGUCUGAAAGAGAGAACAGGAGUGUCCGGCUGACCUGGGAAGCUGGCGAGGACCACAACAGCAAUAUCAGCGAGUACAUCAUCGAAUUUGAAGGAAACCGGGAGGAACCUGGCAGGUGGGAGGAGCUGACCAGAGUCCCAGGAAAGGAGACAACAGCCCUGUUGCCCUUGGCCCCAUAUGUGAGGUACCAGUUCAGGGUGGUCGCCGUGAACGAGGUCGGGAGAAGUCAGCCUAGCCCGCCUUCGGAGCAUCAUGACACACCUCCGGCAGCUCCAGACAAGAACCCAGAAAACAUAAGGGUGGAAGCGUCUCAGCCCAAGGAGAUGAUCAUCAAAUGGGAGCCUUUGAAGUCCAUGGAGCAGAAUGGACCCGGCCUGGAGUACAAAGUGUCCUGGAAGCCCAAGGGAACCUCAGAGGAGUGGGAAGAGGAAACGGUCACAAACCACACGUUAAGGGUGAUGACAGCUACCGUCUAUGCACCUUAUGACGUCCAAGUUCAAGCCGUCAAUCAGCUUGGUGCUGCACCUGAGCCGCAGUCAGUGACCCUGUACUCUGGAGAAGACUAUCCUGACACGGCGCCAGUGAUCCAUGGGGUGGACGUUAUAAACAGCACGUUGGUGAAAGUUGGCUGGUCAACAAUCCCCAAGGACAGGGUGCACGGGCAUCUGAAAGGAUACCAGAUAAAUUGGUGGAAAACAAAGAGUCUCUUGGAUGGAAGAGUGCAUCCCAAGGAAGUAAACAUUCUAAGAUUUUCAGGACAAAGAAACUAUGGAAUGGUCCCUUCCCUAGAUCCCUUCAGUGAAUUUCACUUGACCGUCUUGGCCUAUAAUUCCAAAGGUGCUGGGCCUGAGAGUGAGCCUUAUAUAUUUCAAACACCAGAAGGAGUGCCCGAACAACCAGCUUUUCUCAAAGUCAUCAAAGUUGAUAAAGACACUGCCACUUUAUCCUGGGGACUACCUAAGAAACUAAAUGGAAACUUAACUGGCUAUCUGUUACAAUACCAGAUAAUCAAUGACACCGAUGAGAUUGGAGAAUUAAAUGCUGUCAACAUUUCAACUCCAACCAAACCCAGCUGGCGUCUCUCAAACCUCAAUGCAACCACCAAGUACAAGUUCUACUUGAGAGCUUGCACUUCCAAAGGCUGUGGGAAGCCCAUCACGGAGGAGAGUGCCACCUUGGGAGAAGGGAGUGAAGGUGUCAGGAAGAUGACAGAAGGAGUAAAUCUUACUCAAAAGAUUCACCCCGUAGAGGUAUUUGAGCCGGGAGCGGAACAUAUAGUUCACCUCAUGACUAAGAAUUGGGGUGAUAACGAUAGUAUUUUUCAAGAUGUAAUUGAGACAAGAGGGAGAGAAUAUGCCGGGUUGUAUGAUGACAUCUCCACUCAAGGCUGGUUUAUCGGACUGAUGUGUGCAAUCGCUCUUCUCACACUGAUUCUGUUAACUGUUUGCUUUGUGAAGAGGAAUAAAGGUGGGAAGUAUUCAGUGAAAGAAAAAGAGGACUUACAUCCAGAUCCAGAAGUCCAGUCCGUGAAAGAUGAAACUUUUGGUGAAUACAGUGACAGUGAUGAGAAACCCCUGAAAGGAAGCCUUCGGUCCCUCCAUCGGGACAUGCAAGCCACAGAAAGUGCUGACAGCUUAGUCGAGUACGGAGAGGGAGACCAAGGUCUCUUCAACGAAGACGGAUCGUUUAUUGGCGCUUACACGGGGUCCAAGGAGAAGGGGUCUGUGGAGAGCAAUGGAAGCUCCACCGCAACGUUUCCACUUCGAGCAUAAACAGCGCCCAUGCAAAUGAUUUCCUGUGUCACCCCAACCUUCCAUGUGCAUCUGUCCAAGGGAGCAAGAACGUUCACGUAGGAAUAGAAACACGCCUGCAGAUUGGCAUCCCGAGUGCCACGCGCUGCAGAUAGGUGGAGAACCAUAACAGCACUGCCUUCAAAGAUGGAACACCAGACACUUCAGGCCACAUCUUAUUUUAUUUUAUUUUUUUUGCUUUACUUUGCAGGUGCUCACAAUGCAGAACACAACAACAGAUCCUGGGUUUAGAUCCACCUCCUCUGAAUCCAAAGCACCCCUUGAGCACUCCACAUCGCCUGAUUUUUUUUCCUGUUCACUGUGUGCAUUGAUUUGCCACCUUUGGGUUUAAUCUCUGUGUACACAUUUGUAUUCAGUCUCUGAGAACUGUCUGGGUGACUUUGCUUCUUUGCAGGUUCAAAAGAUCCUAAGCAAACUGGUUAUUUAAAAUGUAAAAAAAAAAAAAAAGAAAGAAGAAAUAUGAAUAUCUUAUUAAAACACUUCCUUGAAUAUAUACAGUCUGAAUUUAUUAUUUAAAUGUUAGUAGAAAAAAAAAGUCUUAGGUGAAAAAAAGCAACUAGUAUUUAUUGAGCUCCUCUAACUCUUUGCCCCAGAGAUGGCCAUGUUUAAAACAGAGUUAUAACGUUUUAAUUUCAAUAUCAAUUUUUUUUAAGAAAAAAUUUUUUAUCGGUUAUAACAUUCAGAAGCAUCUUCAUUGCUUGUUCAUUUUUAGCUUUUUCUUUUUUUGUGUGGCACUAACUUUAGCUUCAAAGGUGCAGUGGUCAGAAGGUCCUUGUACAAAGAACAGGUGUCAUGUGUAGUACCUGCUUCUGGAUUCUAAUAGGCAUUUCUAUGUCAUCAUCUUCCAGUUGGUCACUGUGACCUGUUUUUGUUUGUUUAUGUGGUGGUACAUUGGCAUAUGUUUCAUGAACGCAUUGUACAGAUUAAGUUAGUAUUUCCACAAUUUGAAACCAUAGAUGUGUUUUAUUUUGGAGUGGGAAAAAGAACCCCAGGCAGGCAUGUCUGUACAGGUAGAGAAUAUAGUUAGAUUGCCGUCUUCCUUCUUCCAAACUGCAGCCAGUGACCUGAGCUUCCUGAACUGAAGACUUUGUAGGAAGCAUUUGGAUUUUGUUCUUAUCGCGUGCUUUUCCAACCGCCUCAAAAUCAAAGCUCAUAUAAAUAUCGAGGGAAACGUUUUCCUGUUUUUCACAAUAAGUUUUUGUUGUUGAGUGUUCCCCUAGCCCAGUCCCCAACAAAGAAAAACUAUUGACAGUGCACAUUCCUAUGCAUAGAUUUAUGUAGAUCACAUUUUAAAUGCACUUAUAGUGAGAUUUUCUCUUUCUUCCCCUAUAAUUUCUUCCUGUCAAAGUCAGUGCAAAUUCAGGGAAUUGAGUUCCUGGCUUGUGGGCUCCUAGUAGGUCCUUUUCAAAAUAAUAUAUGGAAAUGUUGUAGAAAGUGGUAUGAAGGACUGUUCAUACCUAUCUGUAAAAUUCAGCGUUUAAUAGAAACCUGUUUAACCUCACCCUGAAACGAUUUAAGUAUUUAAAAGAAAUUGACUCACAGAUGUUGCUUUAUUUUUUGUUUUGAACUGUGAUUAUUUAAUGUGUACUGUUAAUUCCGAACCUAUGAUUUACGUGAUCCAUGAUGUAUCUUGGGGACCCAACCCUGAGACAUUAAUCAUGGCUGAUGAAGUCAUGUGCAUGGAAUAGCUGUCCUUUUAACCUCAUGUGUCCUGCAAGCCCAAGAUGCAAGUCUUACUUAAAACCAUAUUCAUGGGCUUGGAAUUGACCACACCCCUGAAAAUAAACAUUCACCGAGGGGGAUAUCCCGGCCCCCCACCCAUGUGAUUGCAAGGGUCCUCACAUCCAACACUGCAGCUUGAGCCUCUAGCACAAGCGGAUUUCUAAGGCACAGAAAUCAGAGGUAUCCUCAUGUCUAGAUUUUUCUGAGAGGCAUAUGUGAUGCUCAGCUCCUGACCAGGUGAAGGCUGGGACUCCCAAGUUCGAUUCUGCCAUUAUUCUAUUCCUCUUCUCGGUCAUCCCUGAAAAAGUGGUUUUAAGAAGGUCUUGCAGAUUGGAAAUCAUGUCUCAAAGGUGAGAAGUCGAUCCUUUAGAAACAUUAGAAUCUUAAGUCAGAAGUCAAUGCAAAUAUGGAAGUAUUGACUCUGAGACUUUGUCAUCCUUCAGCUGAGAAACAAGGUGCCUAAUCAUAUUUUCAGAGGGUCAAAACUGACAGACAUGAAAAAUGAGAUUGGACCGUGUCUGUCUUGUGCCCUCUCUGAUGCCUCUUCUCAAUAAAACGUGGCUUUUCCUAGAAACAUUCAGCAUGGAAUUCCAUGACUUUCCCUGGUUUCAGUUAUGAAAUUAUUCAUGUGUUGUAAGGGUCAGAAUAAGUUUUAAAUGAAAAACAAAAUCAAGUAGGUUAAACUGGAUUUUCUCCUUUUCCUUCAGAAAACGAGUAACAGAGUCUGUGAUGUGCAGUGUUGGUUAUUAAUAGGCAAUAAUUACUUGCAAAAUGCCCACUGAAUAAGAGCAGCCAGUACCUAGAAUUCUGUCCUUAAUUGGCUUUACUGUCUCUGGUGUACCGUCAAUGUGACCUUAAUGUGGUCGAGUGCAUAUGAUCUCAAGGAUCGUGGAUGGGGACAGCCUCCUAGCGAGCUGUCCAAGGGCCGAGUAGAUCCUACUCCUCUUCCGGGUUCCAGCUCUGGUUUUACACAUCAACCUUAGGCAAGUGGCUUCACACUCCUUCGCUUCAAACUCUCAACUUACGAAGUGCUAAUGAUCUUUGUCACAGGGUGUUCUUUUUUUAUGAAUAUAAAUUUGCAAAUGAUAAAAAGCUAAGAUGCCUUCUAACUUCAUAAACAAACCUGUAAUCGAAUUAUGUAUCUAAAAGUCACCCCCCUACACACACACACCAACUCAACUUUUAUCCUGCGAGCACAUAAAUAUAUUUUUAUAGAAGAACAACUCUACAGAAAAACAAUAAAAAAAUAAAUCUACUGCUCGAUGAGUGGUAAGAUUUGCACAUGCCAUUGAAAAUUAUUAAUCAGAAGAAAAUUAAGCAGGGUCUUUGCUAUACGAAAGUGUUUUUUUUCCACUAAUUUUGCAUGCAUAUUUAUAAGAAAAUGUGAAUUUGGUGAAUUUAUUCUGUUGGUAUAAAGGCAUCUGAUAUUUUAGAUGUACCCAUGUUUAUAAAUGUGUAGAGCACAAUGAAAUUAUGCUGGAAGUCUCAAAUAAUAUUUUUCCUAUUUUAUAUUCAUGGAAGAGAUGAGCUAAAGAGAAGACAAUAAUAAGAAUGUUGGUGUGUUUUUCUAAGCAUCUGAAACGUAAUUGCCAAUUGAAACCCUAAAGAUGUUUACAUGCCUUUAAGAUAUAAUUCUUGUAACAGUUUUAAAUUGGUUAUAAUGGGAUUGGGUUUGUAAUCUGUGGUAGUACAUAUCCCAGUGUUCCUAUAGCGUAAUAAGGAGGGCUGAGCCAAAGCUUACGUUGUUUUGUAUCUUACAUUGUUUGAUUAUAUCAUCAGAAGAGAUGAGAAUACAUAGAGCAGGUUCCUCCCCAAUUUCCAUUUUUAUUUUUUACUUAGGUUAAUACUCACAGUAGAACUUUAUUGAAAUGUGUUUGUAUCGUAGGUGGUGUUUGUAUUAUGCUUCUGACUAUGUAUGGUUCAAAACUAUUUUCACUACACAUGAAAUUCAGCUUUCAAAAUAAAAGUUCAACUUCAUGUACUCUA